AUGGGGGAGUCUAUCCCGCUGGCCGCCCCGGUCCCGGUGGAACAGGCGGUGCUGGAGACGUUCUUCUCUCACCUGGGUAUCUUCUCUUACGACAAGGCCAAGGACAAUGUGGACAAGGAGCGAGAGGCCAACAAGAGCGCGGGGGGCAGCUGGCUGUCGCUGCUGGCGGCCUUGGCCCACCUGGCCGCGGCCGAGAAGGUCUAUCACAGCCUCACCUACCUGGGGCAAAAACUAGGGGGCCAGUCCUUCUUCAGCAGGAAGGAUUCCAUCCGCACCAUCUACACUUCCCUGCACAACGAGCUGAAGAAGGUGGUGACUGGCCGCGGGGCACUAGGUGGGACCGCCCCUCACGUGGAAGAACUGCUUUCCCACCUGUCAGAGCAGCUCUGCUUCUUCGUUCAGGCCCGGAUGGAGAUCGCGGACUUCUACGAGAAGAUGUACACCCUCAGCCCGCAGAAGUUCAUCAAUGCUGAAGAGCUCGUUGGCCUCUUGGACACCAUCCUCAAGAAGUACAGCUCCAGAUUUCACCACCCCAUCCUCAGUCCUUUGGAAAGCAGUUUCCAGCUGGAAGUCGACGUCCUGAGUCAUCUCCUGAAGGCCCAGGCUCAGGUCUCCGAGUGGAAGUUCCUCCCGUCUCUGGUGAACUUGCACAGUGCUCACACCAAGCUGCAGACUUGGGGCCAGAUCUUUGAAAAGCAGCGGGAGACCAAGAAACAUCUGUUUGGAGGGCAGUCUCAGAAGGCCGUUCAGCCCCCACACCUUUUCCUUUGGCUGAUGAAACUCAAAAACAUGCUUCUUGCCAAGUUUAGCUUUUACUUUCACGAGGCAUUGAGCCGACAAACGACUCCUUCAGAAAUGAAAACGUUGACUGCAAAAGCCAACCCAGACUUCUUUGGGAAGAUUUCCAGCUUCAUCAGGAAGUAUGAUGCUGCCAAUGUGUCCUUAAUCUUUGACAACCGAGGUUCCGAGAGCUUUCAGGGUCACGGCUAUCACCACCCCCAUUCCUACAGAGAGGCCCCUAAGGGUGUGGACCAGUAUCCAGCUGUGGUGUCUCUGCCCAGCGACAGGCCCGUCAUGCACUGGCCCAAUGUCAUCAUGAUCAUGACAGACCGCAUGUCCGACCUGAACAGCUUGGAGAAAGUGGUCCACUUCUAUGAUGACAAAGUUCAGAGCACCUACUUCCUAACCCGCCCAGAACCUCACUUUACCAUUGUUGUCAUCUUUGAGUCAAAGAAAUCUGAAAGAGACUCCCACUUUAUUUCCUUCCUCAAUGAGCUCUCACUUGCCCUUAAGAACCCCAAAGUUUUUGCAAGUCUGAAACCUGGCUCCAAAGGCUAGCAGGUGAUUUGUGUGAAAGGUUUUCAAGACUGGAAAUUGUGUUCUUAAUUGCUCUAAUGAUCUACUGUGGUCUAUGAUUAGAGUUUCCAUCCAUUCAUGCUUCUCCCAGAGCUAAAUUAGAGACAGAUCCUCCCUAAUUGUGUCGCACACUUUAUAAGCAAUUAAGGCCAAUUGAAUUAAGUAUCCAAAGAGUAAUCUGGGAAGUGAUCAUGACUACUGUGUAUAACCGUGGUACAGCGAAGUACUUUCAGUACUUUCUCCUAUUUUCCUGUAUUUCACGUAGACUGAAUAUUUAUUAGCCUUUGAUUUUUCUUUCCACAUGUUUUAUGUUGUUCUAAACUUUCUGUUUUAAUGCAAUUCCAAAUGCUUUCUCCUUUCCCUUCCUUCCGGGAUGAGUAAUUGGGAUAAGAUAUUAAAUGGCCUUUUCAGAAUCAAGGACUGUACGUUUUCUAUCUCAUAAAUUAGCAAAGUUAACAUAAAAUUAUUUUAUGAUUCUCAUCAACAAAUUAGUAUUUUGGAUGCCAAAGCUAGUGUCUUGGUGAAAAAUAGCCAUCAGUUAUUGAAAUUAAAGGUGAACCAGAGUGGUCCCAUAACAUCAGGUGUUUAAUAGUUCAGAAGAUCCGCAGAAACUUUAAUAGUCAUGGGCUCUUUUUUGGGGGUGAUCUAUACACAACUGCAUUUCUUCUUACCCUUGAAAAGUUUGAAUUUUUCAUUCUGUUUGAAAGUUAGCAGAAGCCAUUACGUGGGGUUUCUUCAUUCUUCAGUAUAUUAUGUGCUUGGCUUUCUGUUUAUCACCUUUCUGCUGAAAGGCACGUUCAUGUUUGACUCCACUCUCUGCUUCCUCUUUGGCUGGAAAAGCAUGUAGUCUUAGUUUUUCGUCCACUUUUAGACAUUCAUGCAACUCAGCCUGCUUUUAUAAUGUCAAAAUGUUGGUCUUGAUACCUUGUGCUUGCUAAAAAUCAGUUGUGUGUGCCAAAGACCUCUUCAUAGUUGAAUAAUCAGAUGAGUACUUAAGCACAUCAGAACUUGAGUUUCAUGCCUGUCUCCUCCAAAUUAUUUUUAGAAGCGGUGAUGUCUCUUAACACAUGCUGCCUUCACACUUUCCUUCCGCAGGUGUUCCUGGGGUAGUAGAUGGACCCCUAAAGGUAUAAUGGGCCGUGGAGGACUUCACUUCUAGAUUAUUGAUUACGAAUAAAAAUAAGCCACAAAGAGUAAUUGAGUUGUUACUGAUAGUUCCUUCAAAACUUGUGUGUGACAUAAUCAGAUCAGUCCUGUUUCUCAUGAUGGCACGGAGCCACGGUUUUACUGGGCCGCCACAGCAGGCAAGCUGGCAACAUGGGCAGAGCCGCUCCCAGUCUGUGCCAGGAGGCCAGCCCACCUUGGUUGGGACUACCUGGUGGAAGGACCUACUGGCCCAUUUCCUUUCCUUUUCCUUUUCCUUUUCCUUUUCCUUUUCCUUUCCUUUCCUUCUCUUUUCUUUCUUUUCUUUUUUCUUCUCUUCUCUUUUUUCUUUCUUUUCUUUUGCUUUUUUCAAAAUAAAAGUCCCUAUGAUAUAAAAAGCCAGUUUGCUUUAAAUAGAAAGCAGCGAUUGACUCCUGCACUUUAUUCACUCUGGUCAUAUAAAAAUCCGAACAACACUGAACUUUUAUAAAAAACUGGAAAGAAUUAGAACUAAAAAUUCAAAUCAUUUUUCUUCCCUUUUGUAUUUUUCCGGGAAAGUGAAAAAUAUUCCUUGGUGUUCACAUAUUUUUUUUUUUUUCUAGAAAACAAUCACCAUUAGCCUUAAUGAAAUGAUCCCCAUGUACCUAAAGAAAUAUGCUUCAGUGGAACUUGGAGAAGAGUGUAAAUAAAACAGACAAUAUGAUAUUUAAAUAACCAGUCCUUGCCUGGGAAAUGUAUAUUUCCUAUGUAUGAAAUCUGGGGCGCCUGGGUGGCGCAGUCGGUUAAGCGUCCGACUUCAGCCAGGUCACGAUCUCGCGGUCCGUGAGUUCGAGCCCCGCGUCGGGCUCUGGGCUGAUGGCUCAGAGCCUGGAGCCUG